AAGUCAACACGAAGUUUAUGAAAUGUGUUGUAUAUAUUUUGUCUUCGAUACGUUGCAGAUAUGGGUGUCGGACAAUACCUUGGAGCAAAUGCCAAUGUGGUGUCCACCCACACCGCCCCAGCAAGAUACCGACGUUUAUGUAGACCAUAAUAUGUCCUUCCUGUACGAAUCGACCGUGAUGUCUGAAUCGCAGCUCCCUCCUGUAUAUGUGAAGAAAGAAGCAAAACGUUCCCGACAUGAUGCGGCUCUCAUUGAAGCUCGACGUGCCUUGAAAAUCCAGCGCAAAGACGAAGCUGUUUAUGCCCCCAGAUCAUUAUUUGAGCGUCCAUCUCCUGCACUGGUUAAAAUGCGGCGGGAUCUCAAACUCCAGAAAUACAGAGGUAUCGUAAGACCCCUAGUACCUGUGCCUGGAAUAAAGAUGGGCGUAAGUUUGAAACCCACAUCGGAACCGCUAUGUCUUCAUAACUGGACCGUGCACGAAGAUAUGGCGUUACUAAAAGCCGUUCAGUCCUACCAGGGACUGCCACUAAAUUUGCUGAUUAUUUCACCGGGACACACGCCCAAUUGGGACUUCGUCGCUGAUUACGUCAACAGUGCUUCGAUAACAUAUCGAUCUCCAAAACAUUGUAGACACAGAUACGAGACCGUUAUAGUUCCUCGUGAAGAAGGCAAGCAAGUAUUCGAUAACGCUGCACGUAAGAAAAAGAACAAAACAGGACUUCACAAAUUUCCGACUCAGAAAACAAGCAGACCCAUGAGGACGGCUCAACUUUAUGCUCAAGAUAAUAAUACGACAUUCUCGCAAACAAUGGUGCAGAGAUUCGACGCUCUCAAGGGAAUUACUAAUAAACGAGCUCCCGCGUCUAAAAUCGUUAUUAAUAAUCCGCUACUAAAGAACCCUAAGCACACAGCGGUAUUAAACGAAUGCGGUAUCGAUCUGGAUCACCCCGUGUUACCUGUGGAGGUAGCAGCUAGAAGAGCUGAAAGAAUUGCAAGAGAAAAAAAGAAUAUGACUCCAGAGCAACUAGCUGUGGCUCAAAGGUUACAAUUAAUGAAGUCUGGGCAAAUUUCUGCAAGUCAAUUGGCUCAAGCAACAGCCCAAGCCCCAGGUCAAGGCUCGUCUUCACCUUCAGUAACAACAUCAAUUGUUGUUCCUCAAACUCAACCUAUUCUCCAAACGUCCACAGUGACGACGGUCACGACAACUAUCGUAUCUACACCCAGUACUCCUCCAGGUGUCCAUCGAACGCAGAGGAUUGUUGCAUCACCUAUUCAAAACCCAACAGUGGUGUCGGUUUCAGGACUAAGUCCUGCUCAAAUCCAACCUACAACACAACGUCUUAUUGUAUCAGGAACUCCAGGGCAAACGAAAGCAGUCGUCGGAACUACGACUGGGAAAACAAUAAGCCCAGCACAGCUACAAAUGAUCAGACAGGCCACAAUCAAACAGCAGCAGCUGAGAUUACAAGCCACUGGUGGAAAUGUUGGUGGAACUACUCCAGGUGGUGCCAAGACAUCGACGGUGGUCACCAUCGCUGGACAGGCGGUGCAAUUCACCCAGACACAACCUCGAACUCAAUUUGUAAAACAAGGUGCUGUAACAGUGGCUGGUAAACAGGGCGUCGCUCGCACUAUGACAGAAUCGGAAAUGGCUGCCCAUCUUCUUAAAAGACAACAUCAGCUACAACAAAAAGUGUUGGCUUCUGGAACGGUGGCCUCCGUUUCUCAGACCAACACCACAAUACAAAGUUUGUCCCCUCAGGUAUUUGCUCAGGCCAUUCAACAAGCCGGAACAUCUGGAACCCAGGUGGCCACCCUAGUCAAAACUGUGUCCACUUCUGGGGGUGGAGGCACUCAGACCUUAACAAUUCCUGUUUCGACAGUUACUAUAGCCGGAGCUCCUGUAAAGGCUGCUACAGGAGUGACACCAGGCAGUGUCAAGGCAUCGACUCCUCAGCAACAACUUCGUCACAUGCAAAUUCAACAACAAUUAUUAGCCCAAAAGAAAUUGGUGAAUCAGAAGAUUGCUGGCAUUGCCCAAGUAACAGGCAAAGGAGGCGUCGCAACGCAGUUGAUUGUGGGGUCGAAGCCUUUGCCGACUUCCAUGACCCUUCAACAAUUCCAACAAGUAGUCAGAUCACCUCUCACUGUGCCCCAAGGACCUGUUGUAUUGGCUAAAGGUUCUCCAAGGGUAAUUCCUGUUAAUACAGGACAAGGAACGAAGCAAGCCAUUCAGGUUGUUGCCGCAUCUUCUCAGGGUCUAACGACGUCCAUCCGUCCUCAAACGACUUCAACACUGGCGGGUGCCCUGACAGGUAUUAAAGUACAAGGUGGUGCUAGCACUCAAGCACAACAGGCAUUCCUAUCCCAAGUAUCAGCUGCUUUACAAAGUCAGGCAGUUGGAGUGCGUCAGAGCAGCCCUCUUCGUAUUCAAACUUCUACCGGUGCUCCUUUGGUCGCCGUGACCGUCCAGUCAGCUGCUAGUUUACAACAGCAGCAACAAGCUGCCGGGACUGGAGUCUCCGCAACAGGGAUGCAGCAACAGCAACAAAGUAGUGGUACUUCAGCAUCAUCCGAACGGGGCGGAGAACAAGUAAGUAGUAGAUACAUGAAGAAAUAAGGGAGAUAUGUAAUUUAGUUAAUUAGUUUUUUCGGUGUUUUUCUCGAAAUUCACCUUUUUUAUUGUUUGAAAUUUAAAUAUGUUAUAAAUAUAUAAAAAAAUGCGUGCGUGUUUCAAAGUAUUACACUAUAUUAUAAAUUUUUAAGUUUUAGUUGAGACGACGAUUUUCUAGAUUAACAAUUUGAAAGUAGCCAUUAUUAUUUCAUUUUAUUUAUAAAUUUCUUCACCUAAAUACUAAUAGUGGUAUAUAAUUUUAAUCAUAGACGUAGCAUUCCAUGCUAGUUUUAUUUUAUAAUUUAAUUUUUAUGUAGUGAUUGCUAUUUUCAAGUUGUGGAUCAUUAUGAACGGAUUUAAAUGCAAAGACGAUGAACAUAUCAUUUGUGAAUUUUUAUUUUAGUUAUUGUAAGUACAUGAUGAAACGGUUAAGACGUUGUUUUAGUCCUGUGAUAAUAAGUAAACUCUAAAGGAGCCUUUAUAAAUGUUAUGUCAAUAGUUUGUAUGUUAAUGACACCUACACUUGAGUCGUCCAUAACAUUUAAAUAAUUAUAUUUAAGCAAAUAGUAGCAAGUAGUUUUCCUUGCAUGAACCUAUUUGCAUCUGUAUACUAUUGUUCAAUGUUCAAAAAAGAUAGCAUGCUGAAACUUUUUUCAUAAUUAAAAUGAAAAAUCAUUAAAAAUUAUCUUAACUUCCAGGCUUGAGGCGAAGAGGACUGCACUAACUUGUAAUAUAGCUAUGUAUAUAAAAUCAAUAAAUAAGAUAGGUCUUUUAA